AUGCAGUAUGCUUGUACAAUGGCUGGAACCCUUGUCUACAUGUCUCCAGAAAUCCUCAAUGGAAAUGAGUACAAAAACAAAAGCGACAUGUGGUCUCUGGGAUGUGUUCUGUACGAACUGACAGCCUUGAAACGUGCAUUCGUAACUAUUGCCAGUGUCAUCAGUGCAAAGUUUUCUCCAGUUUCAUCUGAAUACAGCCAGGACCUUCAGGAUCUCAUUACUGAACUAUUGAGUGUAAACCCAGAUGAGCGUCCGUCUGCUGGCGAAGUCUUGUCCAUGGGAUUUGUCAAAGGCAAAAAUAUUGAUACAAAUCAAGGGCAAUCCUCCUUAUUAAAGCCUAUCAGUGAUCUGGAUUUCUUCCUUGUUGGAGGACGAGGAAAUGGGAGAAGUGCCACAGGAAACACAAUUCUAGGAUUGCAUAGAGCAUUCAAUGAAUCCAACGACUUCAAAGAUAAAGAUUGCUACAUCUCUGAUGUUAAAUGGUGCAAGCAUGGCAAGCUGAUAUUGAAAAUAAUUGAUGCUCCCUGCUUACUUGAGGGCGGGUCUAAACUACGCAACACAGCAAAAGCUUUUGUUCACUGCCCCCGCGGAUUUCAUGCUCUGGUGUAUGUGUUGAACUUUGCCAGUCCACGGUUAACAGAGGAAGACACUCACCUGAUUAAAGUGUUAAAAGAUUCCUUGGGCAAGGAUAUUUUUAAGAAUCACGGGAUAUUAGUCAUUACACAUGGGGAAUGUUUUGAUUUGUAUACAAAUCGUCGGGAGUGGAUGACAUUUGAAACUUGGUGUCAGAAACAGGACAGCGGACUUGGGGAUUUCAUUAAAGAAUGUGGCAAUAGAGUUGUUUUAUUCCAUAAUUUGACACCAAAGAAACACGAAGAGUCUGUGAAUAAACUGAUUUCGCUGGCACAAGAAAUUGGCUCACUUUUUACAACUGAUUUAUUCAAUAGUGUCCCCAAGCAGAAAGUUAGCAGGCGAGGAGAGGAUGAUGUAGUGCCGGAGAAUAUUUUAUGCCGAAUUGAUCUUUGUGUGAAUGACCUGAGAAAGUACAUAGAUUCGCAAAGGUUUUCUGAUUACCAGAAUUUGAAGAAUUCUGCAGCUAGCUUAGUGGCUGAAAUUGAUUAUUGUGAGAAAAAUUCACACUUGCAUCAAGAUGAAAACCCAAACUUACAGAAAAUUCGUUCAUUAAUUAGUUUGCUUUCUGGGAGAGACAAAUUAACAGUGCAGAGAAUGCAGGACACACUGUUCAGCUUGCAGGCCGUACAAGAACCAUACAGGAGAAUUUCAGUCAAAAAUCCCCAUACAGUUUCAAGAUGCUGCAUUCUAUGA